UCGUCGCUGCCUUCAGUUGCACCACCAAUAGUGGCAGAAUACUGUGAUUUGUUGGAUGCUCACCGGUGGCGGGGAAACAAUCGAGAGGAAAUAAUGGCAGCCACAGCUCAAACUUUCAAUGGCAAUUUGAAGAAAGCGCUCGCAGGUCUGAGACGUAUCAAUUUGGAAGGUCUAAGAUGGAAAGUUUUUGAUGCUAAAGGCCAGGUCCUCGGGAGAUUGGCAUCACAAAUAUCGACUGUAGUACAAGGAAAAGAUAAACCAACAUACACACCUAACCGUGAUGAAGGGGAUAUGUGCAUUGUGAUCAAUGCGAAAGAUGUUUGUGUCACAGGGAGAAAACUCACUGAUAAGUUCUACAGAUGGCAUACAGGUUACAUAGGCCACCUCAAGGAAAGGAGCUUAAAAGACCAGAUGGCUAAGGAUCCAACAGAAGUUAUUCGAAAAGCUGUCUUACGAAUGCUACCAAGAAAUAAAUUGCGUGAUGAUAGAGACAGAAAACUGAGAAUAUUUGCGGGAAGUGAACAUCCCUUCGGUGAUAGGCCUCUGGAACCUUAUAUCAUGCCUCCGCGGCAAGUACGCGAAAUGCGUCCACGUGCACGGCGAGCAAUGAUUCGAGCUCAAAAGAAGGCUGAGCAACAGAAAGAAGCAUCCACUUACAUCAGUAAAGGCAAGAAGAGGGAAGAGGCUGAUGGAAAAGUUGGUGCACAAGAAUGUUUGUGAAUUUCAAGCAGUGAUGUUGCUGUUGAUGUAUGUUUUCUGGACCACAGAACCAGUGUGGAUGAGCAUUUAGAUCAUAGGUGUCGAGUUCUAGUAGUACCGGCGUCCAAAAGUGUCUCCUCUUGUGUUAAAGCGGCAUGGCGAGGUUAAAUUGUUUAGCGUCAAAAGUGCCUGCUCGGCUUGGCGUAGUUCAAUUUUUAUGCUCGGAUUUCCAUCUUGAGAUUAGCAGGAAAAUUCCAUCUAUUCCCUCCACUUGUAGUGGUUCUUUUG